CAGUCCGCACGCAGGCGGCAGGACAACGUCGAUCAGGUGUUCGACGUGAUCGUGAAAACGAACGAAAAAAUUCGAAACCUAAUUCCAAACAAAAAAACUUUCAAGUGAAAAUGUCCGACGUGCAACGAUAGCAUCGAAUCAAACACAAGUUUGAUAUGAAAUUAACAUAUUUAGUGAUAUUUUCAAACAAUGAAAUUUAAAAGUUCAUAUGUGUCUUAGAAUAAACUUAAAUAAGUGAUAAUUUAGUGCAGAAUCUACAAGAAGUAGGAAACUAAGUUAUAAGUCCAGAAAACAACAAAAAAAACUUGGUAGUCGUAGGCAACCAAGAAUUGCGUCACAAUGGCCACCCAUCAUGGCCUGCGGCACGAGAGCGACGAAAACUUUUCGGACGACGAGAGCUUUCCGUUGACGCACGAUAUUUAUGGCGGAAGUACUAGAACAGUCCCAGAUACGAAAGGAUGGGACGUUUUCCGAGACCCACCGACAAAAGUCGACUCUGGCUCGAUGGCCACAAAAUGUCUCGACAUCACCGUGAAGAUCUUCAAAGCGAUCGCUUACCUCGUCACUUUUGUAAUUGUCCUCGGUUCAGGGGUGAUAGCAAAAGGCACGCUGUUAUUCAUGACCUCCCAACUUAGUCCUGAUAAAGUAACCACGUAUUGCAACCGAGAAUUAGGCCGUGAUAAACAAUUCGUAGUAAAACUACCGCAGGAAGAACGAGUCGCGUGGAUGUGGUGUCUGGUCUUUGCGUUCUGGGUACCACAACUCGGGACACUUUUCCGGUCAUCUCGUAUGUGUGUCUUCAAAUCGUGGAAGAAGCCAGCCUUCUCGCACUUUCUCAUCGUGUUCCUAUGCGAGACGGCGCAUACCAUCGGCAUUGCGCUGCUAGUCUUCUACGUCCUUCCCGAUCUGGACGUGGUCAAAGGCGCUAUGCUCACCAACUGCGUGUGUUUCAUCCCAGGCGUUUUAGGGUUACUGUCACGCAGUAACAAAGAAUCAAAACGGUUUAUUAAAGUGAUCGUGGAUUUGUUUGCUAUCGCAGCACAAGCCACAGGAUUUGUCGUCUGGCCAAUUGUGGAGCAAAACCGGAAAUCAAAACCGGAAAUGUGGUUGAUCCCAGUCGCCAUUUUCUUGACAUCUAUCGGAUGGUGGGAGAACUAUAUCUCUAAACAUUCCCCGAUUCCGUUUAUUAAACGAUUAGGAAAAAUCAAAGAAGAAUUCGAAGGAUGCCGUUAUUUCUCUUAUAUUUUUAUAUCAAUCUGGAAGUGUAUCAUCUUCAUGAUCAGUUUGCUGGUGAUCAUGUUCGUCAAACACGGUGAAGCAGGUUUUGUCUUCACUGAUUUCUCACCUGGGUUUGGCGCACAUAAAAUAACCAUCUUGGAAAUCAAACCAACUCUCGGUGGUACCACCAUGCCGGAUCUAACUGAAUUGAUUACUACAGGAGAUGACACUACCAUCAACGCCAAUGACAUGUCUCCUGUCUAUGUUCUCAUGAUCAACAUUCUUGCGUCUUACUUAUGUUAUAUAUUUGGUAAAUUCGCUUGUAAAAUCAUGAUCCAAGGAUUUUCCUAUGCCUUCCCUGUUAAUCUAACCAUCCCUGUUUCUAUUUCCUUGUUGAUCACUGCAUGUGGUCUGCGAAAUGAUGACCCUUGCUUCUUCAAUGAAACACUACCAGGUUACUUAUUCUAUCAAAGCCCACCUGUGUAUUUCUUCAACGAUUUCAUAACACAUCAGCAUGCGUGGGUGUGGAUGUUAUGGUUGUUAUCACAAACAUGGAUAACUCUACAUAUUUGGACUCCUAAAUGCGAAAGGUUGGCGCGUACAGAGAAGCUUUACGUGUCUCCAAUGUACGAUGGGCUUUUGAUCGAUCAAAGUAUGGGUAUGAAUAGGCGUAGAGAUGAUGAAGCGGAUGUUAAAACUGAAGAAUUAGACGAAAUUCAGAAAGAAAAAGGUGAUGAAUACUACGAAACCAUUUCUAACCAUACCGAUGGAUCUACUCCGAAAACUAUCAAGAAUUCCGACCAUAUUACUAGAAUUUAUGCGUGCGCUACCAUGUGGCAUGAAAACAAAGAAGAAAUGAUAGAGUUCUUAAAGAGUAUUCUUCGAUUGGAUGAAGAUCAAUCAGCGCGGAGAGUAGCCCAAAAAUAUCUCAGGGUUGUAGAUCCGGAUUAUUACGAAUUUGAAACUCACAUUUUCUUCGAUGACGCUUUUGAAAUCUCUGAUCAUAAUGACGAUGAUACUCAAGUCAAUCGUUUCGUUAAACUAUUGGUCUCUACUUUGGACGAAGCAGCCAGUGACGUCCAUCAAACCCACAUCCGCAUUCGUCCACCCAAAAGAUACCCACCGUAUGGAGGUCGCUUAAUCUGGACCCUGCCUGGCAAAACCAAAAUGAUUGCUCAUCUCAAAGACAAGAUGAAGAUUCGUCAUCGUAAACGUUGGUCUCAAGUCAUGUACAUGUACUACCUCCUCGGUCAUCGCCUCAUGGAAUUACCAAUCUCAGUGGACCGUAAAGCAGUUAUCGCGGAGAAUACUUAUCUUUUGACUUUGGAUGGUGACAUUGAUUUUCAACCAUCCGCAGUAACCCUCCUGAUUGAUUUGAUGAAGAAAAACAAGAACUUAGGAGCUGCCUGUGGGCGUAUUCACCCUGUGGGAUCAGGUCCCAUGGUGUGGUAUCAAAUGUUUGAAUAUGCUAUUGGUCAUUGGCUUCAAAAGGCUACGGAACACAUGAUUGGAUGCGUACUUUGUAGUCCUGGAUGUUUCUCACUCUUCAGAGGGAAAUCUCUUAUGGACGAUAAUGUUAUGAAGAAGUAUACUACCCGAUCUGAUGAAGCUAGACAUUAUGUGCAGUACGAUCAAGGAGAAGAUCGUUGGCUUUGCACCUUAUUAUUACAAAGAGGCUAUCGUGUAGAAUACUCAGCCGCUUCAGAUGCUUACACACAUGCCCCGGAAGGUUUCAAUGAGUUCUACAACCAGCGUCGUCGUUGGGUACCCUCCACCAUUGCAAACAUCAUGGAUCUUCUAGUGGACUACAAAAAAACUAUUAAAAUCAACGACAACAUCUCUAUGCCCUACAUUGGUUAUCAAAUUCUAUUGAUGGGUGGUACCAUCCUUGGACCCGGAACAAUUUUCCUUAUGUUGGUGGGUGCCUUUGUGGCAGCUUUCCAGAUUGACAAUUGGACCAGUUUCUACUACAAUAUCGUACCCAUUUUCUUCUUCAUGUUGGUUUGUUUUACUUGCAAGUCAAACAUUCAACUACUCUGCGCGCAGAUAUUAUCAACCGGAUAUGCCUUGAUCAUGAUGGCUGUUAUUGUUGGUACCGCUCUGCAGUUACGUGAGGACGGCAUCGGUUCUCCAUCUGCUAUAUUCUUGAUAGCAAUGACAAGUUCAUUCUUCAUAGCAGCGUGUCUCCAUCCACAAGAAUUUUGGUGUAUUGUGCCGGGUAUUAUUUACCUGUUGUCAAUUCCGUCUAUGUACCUCCUGUUGAUUUUGUAUUCAAUCAUCAAUCUAAACGUUGUAUCUUGGGGUACUCGUGAAGUUGCCGUUAAAUUAACUAAAAAAGAACUCGAACAACAACGCAAAGAAGCGGAAGAAGCCAAGAAGAAAGCGAAACAAAAGUCUCUAUUGGGAUUCCUACAAGGAGGAGGUACCAGCGACGAUGAUGAAGGCAGCAUUGAAUUAUCAGUUGCUGGAUUAUUCAAAUUUAUGUUAUGCACACACCAGAAAGCCGGCGAUGAGAAAGCGCAACUUAUUCAUAUCGCCGAUACAUUGGAAGGCUUGACCAAACGUUUGGAUCACAUUGAAAAGGUAAUCGAUCCUCAGGGUCACGCUUCUCGCAGACGUAGCAUGUCGGCUUCAUCCCGCGGAGAUCAUCAUCAUCUGAGUGCUGUUGCGGAAGAUCCAACCGAGGAGUCGUCAGACAGCGAUAGCGAAACAAUGUCAACAGUACCACAAAACAAACGCGACGAUCUCAUCAAUCCAUAUUGGAUCGAAGAUCCCGAUCUAAGGAAAGGAGAGGUGGAAUUCUUAAGUUCAACGGAAAUCGCCUUCUGGAAGGAGUUGUUGGAUAAAUAUUUGUAUCCAAUUGACGAGAACAAGGAGGAAAAGGCACGUAUCGCGUCCGACUUAAAAGAACUGAGAAACUCGUCCGUGUUUGCUUUCUUCAUGGUCAAUGCUAUAUUUGUCUUGAUCGUGUUCUUAUUGACACUGAAGAAGGAUUACCUGCACGUAAAAUGGCCGUUCGGCAUCAAGACAAAUAUAACAUACGACGAGAGUACACAAGAGGCCCGGAUCGCGCGCGAGCUCAUCGAGCUGCGCAAUAAGUCGGUAUUCGCUUUCUUCAUGUUCAAUGCGUUGUUUGUGUUGGUCGUGUUUCUGCUGCAACUUAAUAAGGAUCAGAUCCAUGUUAAGUGGCCGCUCGGCAUACGCACCAAUAUUACGUACAUUGAGGAGACUUCUGAGGUGCACAUCAGCAAGGAGUACCUUCAAUUGGAACCUAUUGGUCUGGUAUUUGUGUUCUUCUUCGCGUUGAUUCUGGUGAUCCAGUUUACGGCCAUGUUGUUCCAUCGUUUCGGUACCUUGGCUCACAUUUUGGCAUCAACAGAUCUCAACUUUGGAUGCUCUAAAAGGUUGCUUUUAUUAUUUUGAACAAAAUGUAAAAACAAAUUGAACUUAACGGAUGAAAUUUUAUAGAAAGAGGAUCUGUCUCCCAACGCGUUACUGGAUCGACAAGCAGUCGAAAUCGUCAAACAACUGCAGCGAUUGCAGGGCAUCGACGAUGGAGACUACGAAAACGAUUCCGGUUCUGGCCCUGAUCGUAUCGGCCGUAGGAAAACAAUUCAUAAUUUGGAACGAGCUGCGCAAAGGAAGAGACAGAUCGGCACGUUGGACGUCGCAUUUAAGAAGCGUUUUGCUAAAUUGAAUGCCAACCCUGAAGGAGGUACUCCUAUUUUGAGCCGUCGAAUGACAAUGGGCAAAGAAACAAUGAAGGCGUUAGAGGUCCGGGUUAAUUCCGUAAUGGCGGAACGUCGCAAGUCUAAUAUGCAAACACUGGGCGCAAAGAACGAAUACGGCAACAAUAAUGUCAUCCGGAAUCAUCGUAACAGCACGACUAGUAUCCCGAUCAAGGACGUCUUUGACAAUGGUCCAAAUGGGCAAGUUAAUAAGGCCUACGAAGAGGAGACUUAUGGAAGUCGGUCAUCGUUACCGAUGCAUCCUAGAAAUUCUGUCAAUUGGAAAGGCAGUUUGAGUAGAAUGUAACCACAAGAGGCAUGCGAAUUAAGACUCAAAACUACCUGAUAAAUGACAAUAUGCAAAUGAAAACAAUUUUAGACAAAUGAAUGAUGAUUAUGAAUGAUUGAUAGCUAAUAAGAAAGACUUGAUUUUGUAUAUAAGCUCAACUAUAAUUAAAUAUAAUGUAAUUUAAAAGAA